AUGAGGCGGCAAUAUCUUCCACUUCAAUCCCUGCCUGCCUGGGCUAGGCUUAAUGGGAUUGUUACGAAUGGCGUUGCUUUUCAGAAUCUAAGCUCCUCAGAGAGUGAUACUGAUAAAGGAAAUGCGAUCGUGGCAACAGAAGAAAAGUCUAGUCAUGAGAACGAUUCUCUUCCACAGGUUCUCCUUCAAGUCCCGCGAGAGCUGGUACUAUCAUUGGAAACGGUGCAGGACUAUUCGAAAUCCGAUCAAGAUUUUCGGGAAGUGCUUGAGGCUUGUGGUGGAUUUGGAAGGACGACCAGAGGGGCAAUCAUGCUAUUCCUUUUGGUUCAGAUCACACAUUCCAGCCCCGACACGAAGCUUCAGGUGGGGAUGUCUAGCCCAUGGUCUGAUGACGAGGAACAGCAAUUGCUGAGGGGAACAUCGCUCGCUGCGGUUAUCGAGGCCAAGAUUUCCUCACUAGAGCUGGAAUUCAGGCGCUUACGCCAGUGUACGGAGAACAUCCCAUGGUGUCGACAGAUCUGGUGGGAGGAGGGAACAGGCAGUUUAACCGAGGAUGAUUGGAAAUAUGUUGACGCUGCCUAUCGGUCGCGUAUGGUCGACUUGCCGGGUAGUGGACAUGCAAUGGUUCCCUGUAUCGACAUGGCCAACCAUGUCUCUGGAUCAGAUGUGCGGGCGCUGUAUGAUGCAGACUCCGAGGGCAAUGCAAUUUUGCAGCUGCGUUGGGGUAAGACCAUGCGCCCGGGAGAAGAAGUGACGAUAUCUUAUGGCGAUGAAAAGCCCGCAUCUGAGAUGAUAUUCUCCUAUGGGUUUCUUGAGAGCGAUAGGACCGAGGAGAGCCAAGUGCUCUUGGAUAUGCGCGUGCCAAAGGAUGACCCCUUGGAUUUUGCCAAGAACUUCAUGUGUAGCGAGAUGCCAGGGAUCCGUCUGUCCAUAGUCUCUGAUGCUGAAUCAUCGAGCCAUGUAUCCUGGGACAGUCCCCUCGUCUGGUUGGCGUGUGUGAACGAGGAAGACGGUCUUCACAUUAAAGAAAUCAUGAGUCAUGAUGGGUCGGAGUUCGAAACUAGCUGGAAGGAAGAGACCCUCACGUCACCUCAUCACCUCCGAGAACUUCUCGCCGCUGAUCCAUCUUGGGAUAUCUUUCAACUUCGAGCUGUUGUGUUGCUGCUGGAAAAAAUCGAGACUCAGCUUUCCCACGCCAGAGAAAUGAACCAGAUUGUGGGAAAUCUGCACGAGGAAAUGAUCCAGUCACUUUUCCGUCCUGAGAUCUUCAGUUUGAUAUCUCAAUUGAGGAAACUUGAAGGAACGCUGCUCGAAAAAGUCGUUAUAGACCUGGAGAAACAGAAAACCGAAUUGAUGAACUCGGAAACGGUCAUAAACUAUUUGAUCCAACAGUCUCAAACGGAGGAGGUCGAAGACUUUUCAUGA